AUGUGUUGCAACUACUAUAGAAACCCAUUUAGUGGCUAUGGCUAUGGCUGUGGCUAUGGCUGUGGCCAUGGCUGUGGCUAUGGCUGUGGAUACGGCUCUGCCUGCUGCUACGGCUAUGGCUGUGGAUAUGGUUCCAGAUAUGGCUGUGGCUAUGGGUCUGGUUAUGGCUGUGGUUAUGGCUGUGGAUAUGGUUCUGGUUAUGGCUGCGGCUGCUGUACCUACCGACCAUUUUGCUACAGAAGAUGCUAUUCCUCUUGCUGGUAG